CACUCAAGUCAACUAACAGCCGCAUCGGAAGCCAUUCAGGCACAGGAGCAGACGAAAACAUGUAGCUGUCAAGUGUAACGAUUUUAUUGGUGAUUCAAGAGGCUGAUGGUCUGCUCGUCCUCGUCGAGGGCCAUUUAGCUAGUGUUAAAUUGCUGCAAUUGCCAAGUAGUCGCCAUGGGCAUGCGAGAAUGCUGUUCCGCCUUCCUGGGUGGACUUCCCGAUCCCGCCCUGCCCCUCGUGCCCUCUAUGGCGCUGGGCAUGAUAUUUGCUGCUCUGAUUCUUGUUAUCUUUUACAAAAAGGAGAAUAAAGUGCCUUUGAAAAUCGCCGUCUUGGAGAUCCUGAGGAAAGUGUUCUACCUGUUUCCGACCCCAGACCACUCGGAGUCACAGUCAUGCAGGAACUCCAGCUGUGUCCGUUGCUGUAAAUACAAGGAGCUAGAACAGCAAAUUGCAGAGAAAUGGAGAGCAUUAGACUCCAAGACUCAGGAGUCCACAUCACUUAGAGUACGUGAUGCUGUGCAGACGGUGGUGAGGCGGUUGGCUCCAUCUGCCGAGAAGUUGGGAGAAGACAGGACAAGAGCCUCGCAGAAAGAGAAAUCACUCCGAUCAGCCUUCCAGAAGCCUACCAUAUUCUCUGUGGAUUUACCAGCCAACCCUUACUGGAAUGAGUUUGAUGUGUAUGGGAUGGAACUGAGACUCCUGAAGCUCAAUUUCAGCAUUAUCUUGAAGGAAUUUGAGUCUGUCUUUGAGGCUCUGAAGGGAGGCGACAACUGGGGCUGGAAACUGAACGAUAUCCCUCGUGGUCAUUGGUGCAUCUUCCCCUUCAUUGACCAAGGUGUCGUCAAUGAGUCAAACUGCAAGAGAUGUCCCAACACGUCAACUAUGAUCGGUUCAUUGCCAUCAGUCAUGCAGGAUUGUGUGUUUGGCAAUGCCUGCUUCUCAGUGCUGUAUCCAGACUCACAUAUUGAGCCUCAUUAUGGCCCCACUAAUCUAAGGCUGAGGUGCCAUUUAGGACUGAAAAUUCCCCAGUGACUGCUGGCUGGAGG